AUGAAGGAGAAGCACACCCCGGCGAGCUGCCGCGGCGGCGGCGGCGGCGGCGUCCGCUGCGUCGUCGCGCUGCUCCUCGCGGCGCUCGUCCUGUCCGGCGACGUCGCCGGCGCCACCUCUUUCAACUACAAGGACGCGCUCACCAAGUCGAUCCUGUUCCUCGAGGCGCAGCGCUCCGGGAAGCUGCCGCCCGACAACCGCAUCAAGUGGCGCGGCGACUCCGGCAUGGAGGACGGCAAGCUCGCCCAUGUUGAUCUGACGGGCGGGUACUACGACGCGGGCGACAACGUGAAGUACGGCCUCCCGCUGGCGUUCACGGUGACGACGCUGGCGUGGGCGGCGCUGGCGUUCAAGCCGGAGCUGCAGGCGGCGGGGGAGCUGAAGCACGUGCAGGAGGCCAUCAGGUGGGGCACCGACUACAUCCUCAAGUGCGCCGCCAAGAAGAACCACAUGUGGGUCCAGGUGGGCGACCCCAACCUGGACCAUCAGUGCUGGGUCCGCCCCGAGAACAUGCCCACGCCCCGCACCCUCUACCAGAUCGACGGCAACACCCCCGGCACCGAGAUCGCCGCCGAGACCGCCGCCGCCCUCGCCGCCUCCGCCAUGGUCUUCCGCAACGACAAGAACUACGCCCGCCGCCUCAUGAACAAGGCCAAGCUGCUCUACCAGUUCGCCAAGAGCCACCUCAAGACGUACGACGGCGAGUGCCCCUUCUACUGCUCCUACUCCGGCUACAACGACGAGCUGCUCUGGGCCGCCACCUGGCUCUUCAUGGCCACCAAGCGCCAGGUCUACGCCGACUUCAUCACCCACGAGGCCAUCUCCUCCAGCGUCGCCGAGUUCAGCUGGGACCUCAAGUACCCCGGCGCGCAGAUCCUCCUCGCCCCGCACAACAUGAACGCCAGCGGCGGCAUGCAGAGCUACAAGACGCAGGCCGACAACUUUGUCUGCGCCGUGCUCCCCGACACCCCCUUCCACCAGGUCUUUAUCACCCCCGGCGGCAUGAUCCACCUCCGCGACGGCGCCAACUCGCAGUACGUCACCGGCACCGCCUUCCUCUUCCUCGUCUACGCCGACUGGCUCGACACCGCCCGCCAGGACGUCAUGUGCGGCGCCACGCCCAUCAAGCCCGCCAGGCUUAGGGAGUUCGCCAAGCAGCAGAUGGACUACCUCCUCGGCGCCAACCCGAGGGGGAGGUCCUACGUCGUCGGCUUCGGGUCCAACCCGCCGACGCAGCCGCACCACCGCGGCGCGUCCACGCCCGUGCUCAAGCCCGGGACGGUGGUCAACUGCGGCAUGAGCUUCGGCGACUGGUUCGCGCCCGACCGGCCCAAUCCCAACGAGCUCACGGGGGCCAUCAUGGGCGGGCCCGACGGCGCCGACAACUUCAUCGACAAGCGCAACGCGUCGGCGUGCACCGAGCCGUGCACCUACAUCAACUCCCUCGCCAUCGGCGCGCUCGCCGCGCUCGCCGGCCGCGGGCCCAACCUCGUCGCCUCCAAGUCCCACGGAUACGAUCAGAUGUAGUAUCGGUUGAUUCGGACGUUGAGCCGGCCCGUCGAUCCAUGCCACAAACCACAUGCUUGCGUUGCAUGCAUGUUGACUCCUCGGAUAGUUUCUUUCUCACUCGCGCUUUGUCUCUGCUUCUCAGUUUAAUUAGGAAAGUACCUUCUUGAUUGUGUUAUUUUAGUUAAUCCGUACUUUAUGACCAAAUUAAUGUGUAAUAUGUGUCAGUUGGUACUUAAUCAAUUAUGUCGCAUUCAGACUAAUUAAGUAUUUCAAUUUUUA